AUGUCCUUCUCGAAGCAAGACUAUCGUCAGACCAUUAUCAGGUCACUCAGAGACCGUGCGAACCACUACCGGGAACGCUGGAGCGGGACGGCGCUCAGUAGUACGCCGUGGUGGGCAUGUCCAUCGCCCGAGGAGCAACAUAUUGACGAUGAUGUGCCCGACGAGUUACUGUUCCAGUAUCAUUUUGAUCAGGAAUUCGCCAUUGCCUUCAUGAAGAUGUACUCGCUGGCCGCCCCCGCGAAUCAGGAUGCCAGCGACUUCGACCGGUUCUGCAAAAUGUAUAAUCAGAGUCGCUCAUUUGAUAUGGAGACCAUGUCGUCCGACGAAGCAAUGCGGAAGGCUCUAUACAGUUUCAUGGCCGGGCUGGACAUGGUCUUCUUCAACGGUCUCUUCACGUCUCCGGUAGAGACUUCUAGAGGUCGGAAGCAGCGGGGUGGUCAAGAGCUUGUGGAUCAGGACUGGGCAGAGUUGGAAACCCCAUGGAUACCCGCAAGUGCUCCUCUUGUCAGCAUCGAGCCGCUGCUGGCUCCGCUGACUGGCGCAGACGUUGGCCAGUUUGAUACCACCAGCAACACCCUCCGUAUCUGGUGCCAGAACCGCGACGGCAAGCCGUUCAAUUCAGACUAUCUCCUCGUCGUCUUGGCUCAUGAAAUGAUGCACGCCUAUCUCCACAUCUUUGGAUACCAGAGCGGCUCUACUACUCGCGACCACCAUGGCGGCGAAUUCUGGGCAGGGUUGGAGUUCAUCUAUUACAGUAUCUGGCAAGCGAUGCCCUCUCGAUCUGUCAGUGUUCUUGGCAUUGCGGCGGCUACAGCCAGGAAGAAUCGGCGCGAACGCAUCGGCGACUCGGAUUUUGCGAGAUAUAGCCUCAGUCCAGCAUUUUUCAAGGGUCUAGCAUGCCCCUUGCCUUUUGGACUGACUCCCGUCAUGAUUGAGGAGUGUUAUACAGAUAAGCUCUGA